UAAAAAAAUUAAAAACAAAACCUGAAGGGAAAAUCGUGGCGGAAAAACGUGGGAAAAACAAGGAAAUGCGAGGCGACUAACGAAUUCCGCGGAGCACAACUAUUUCACCCGGACACUUGCCGCGACGGAGCAUCUCGAGCAGAUAGAAUUUCAAAACAUAGCAACUGGGAUUCGAGUCCAGCUGAAGGGAAUCCCGUCCAGAAAUUGCCGCCAUGCUAGCUAGCGAUUCCGUCAGCCCGGCCGCUCUGGAGGCGGAGGUGGCCACACAGCCGGAAUCUGGCAAAGAUCAGGCCGAUGAUGUGGACGACAACGACGAUACGGAUGCGGAUGCAGAUCCGGAUGCAGAUGCGGAGGCGGAGGCCACAGCCUUGGAGGCCGAGGAGCGCGAGGAGCUGCAGCAGUUCAUCAACGAGCUGAGCGAGAAGAUCGAGGCCAAGCGGCAGCUGCGGCUGCAGAACUCCACGUUCGAGCUGCCCGGCGAGGAGUACUUCGCCCGGCUGGACUCCAAUCUCAAGAAGAACACGGCGUUCGUGAAGAAGCUGAAGCUCUUCACCGCCACCCAGCUGGAGGGGCUGCUGCGGGAGCUCUCCGCCCUGAAUCUGAGCAAGUACAUCUCCGAAAUAUGCGCCGCCUUGGCGGAGGCCAAGCUGAAGAUGACCGAUGUGCCGGCAGUGGUCACUCUGGCCUCCCGGCUGCACUGCACCUACGCGGAUUUCGAUGUCCAGUUUCUGGAGGCCUGGCAGAAGGCGCUGAACAUCAAGGCCAGCGAGAAGAUAGCCAAUCCCAGCAAGCCGCGCGUGGAUCUGCGACUCUUUGCCGAACUGGUUAGCUCGGGAGUGAUCCAAAUGAAGCCCGGGCUGGCCCAACUGGGCGUGGUGCUGGUGCACCUGAUUGCCCAGGACAAGGACGACCACAGCAACUUCUCCAUCAUCCUCUCCUUCUGCCGCCACUGCGGCGAGGAGUACGCCGGCCUGGUGCCGCAGAAGAUGCAGCAGUUGGCCGCCAAAUACGGCGUGGAGGUGCCCAAGUCCGAGUUCCUCGGCGCCGACAAGCAGCUCAAUCUGCGCACCAUGCUCAAGGGCUACUUCAAGGCCCUGUGCAAGCACGUCCUGGCCGAGCAGGCGGAGCUGAUGAACAUGACCAAGAAUAUACGCCGCACGAUGGAGUGCAAGGGCGAGAUAUCCACGGAGAAGCGCGAGAAGUGCGAGCUCAUGCAGGCGGGCUUCGAUAAGCUGCUGGCCUCGGCCCAGUCGCUUUCCGAGCUACUGGGAGAACCCCUGCCCGAGCUGGCGAAGGAGUCGGAGUGCUGCAAUCCGGGCACGGUCAUUGACAACAUGCUGGACAGCGCCGCCUUCGGGCUGCUCGAUCCCUGGGGCGACGAGGAGACGCGCUCGUUCUACACCGAUCUUCCGGAUCUUCGGCAGUUUCUCCCGAAUUUCUCGGCACCCAAGGUGGAUUUGGAGACGCUCGAGGAGCCCAGUGAGCUCACCGAGGAGGCCAUCGAGGCGAAUCUGGAUGCGGAAAUGGAUCUGGACGAUCCGCCGUCCACCAACUCGGACACGGCGCUCGAGAAUGCCAGCGAGGAGCAGCCAACGACGCCCGUUGUGCCCGCCGAGGAUGUGAAGCCGCAGAAAAUGGGCAGCGCGCUGAUGGAACUGGGCCGCCAGCAAAGCCAGACGCUAGCCCAGAAUCCCAGCCAGACGCAAACGCAGAUGCGGCAGCAGUUCGACGGCUUUCUGGUGAACCUGUUCAACUGCGUGAACAAGGAGCUCAUCGACUCGGCGGCCAUCGAGUUCCUGCUGAACUUCAACACGAAGCACCAGCGCAAGAAGCUGACGCGCACGAUAUUCUCGGUGCAGCGCACGCGGCUGGACAUUCUGCCCUAUCUGUCGCGCUUCGUGGCCAUCGUGCAUCUGUGCAACACGGACGUGGCCACCGAUCUGGCGGAGCUGCUGCGCAAGGAGUUCAAGUGGCAUAUACGCAAGAAGAACCAGCUGAAUAUCGAGUCCAAGCUGAAGAUCGUCCGCUUCAUCGGCGAGCUUGUGAAGUUCGGGCUGUUCAAGAAGUUCGAUGCUCUGGGCUGCCUGAAGAUGCUGCUGCGCGACUUCCAGCACCACCAGAUCGAGAUGGCCUGCGCCUUUGUGGAGGUGAGCGGCGUCUAUCUGUACAACUGCCGCGACGCCCGCCUGCUGAUGAACGUCUUCCUGGACCAGAUGCUGCGCCUCAAGACGGCCACGGCCAUGGACUCGCGUCACUCGGCGCAGAUCGAGAGCGUCUACUAUCUGGUCAAGCCGCCGGAGUCCUCGAAGCGCGAGCCCACCGUUCGGCCGCCCAUGCACGAGUACAUCCGCCACCUGAUCUUCGAGGAGCUGUGCAAGCAGAAUGUGGAGCGUUGCAUCAAGAUGCUGCGCCGCAUCGACUGGCUGGAUCCGGAGACCAAUUGCUAUGCCAUCAAGUGCCUCAGCAAGGCGUAUCUGCUGCGCUUUCCGCUCGUCCGCUGCCUGGCCGAUCUCGUCUCGGGUUUGAGCUCCUAUCAGCCGCGAGCGGUGACCAUUGUGAUCGACAACGUGUUCGAGGACAUUCGCGCCGGACUGGAGAUCCAUUCGCCGAGGAUGGCCCAGCGGCGCAUUGCGAUGGCCAAGUACCUGGGCGAGAUGUACAACUACAAGCUGGUCGAGUCCACGCACAUCCUCAACACGCUCUACUCGAUCAUCUCGCUGGGCGUGUCGCUGGACCAGAGCGUCGUCUCGCCGCUGGAUCCGCCGGACAGCCUGUUCCGGCUGAAGCUGGCCUGCAUGCUGCUGGACACCUGCGGACCCUACUUCACCAGCCAGGCCACGCGGAAAAAACUGGACUACUUCCUGGUCUUCUUCCAGCACUACUACUGGUUCAAGAAGUCGCAUCCGGUGUUCAGCAAGUCGGAGAACAGCGCCGACCUGUUCCCCAUCCUGGUGGACCACACCUACCGCGACUGCCUGGCCGGCGUGCGGCCCAAGCUGAAGCUGUACAAGAGUCUGGAGCAGGCGAAGGCGGCCAUCGAUCAGCUGCAGGAGAAGCUCUAUCCGCAGCUGAGGGCCAGCAGCAGUGCCCAGGAUCCCUCGCUGGCCACCAUCAGCGAGAUCAGCGAGCUGGACGAGGGCGCCACCGACGAGGACUCGGGCUCCUCGAACGACCAGCGGGAGCGGCAGGUGGCCGGCCAGGAGCCGGAGCCCGAGCAGAGCAACGAUUGGACCGAGAACGAGAACGAUAACGAAGCGGAGCCACCGCUGCCGCCGCCUCCGCCGCCGGAGAAGUCCAAGGAGGACCUGGAGUUCGAGCAUCUGUACGACAAGAUGACCACGGACUCGUACCAGGAGCGCCUGAAGGAGCCCAUCAAGGCCACGGCCAAGGACAUACCGGUGCCGAUGAUGGCGCGCCUGCAGAAGAAGUCCUACGAACAGAUUACGGGCAGUGGCAGCGUGAAUGCCUCGCAGAUCUCAAAAGCGGACGUGGCGCCGGGCUCUCCAGGUGCUGAGAUGUCCGAGGGCAAUGGCAAAUCAGCAGGCGGAGGAGGAGCAGGAGUAGCCGUGCCCUUCGUACUCAUGGUGCGCGGCAACAAGGGUGGCAAGCAGCAGUUCAAGUCCUUCGUGGCGCCCUCCGACUCGCAUUUGGCCAUCAACCUGAAGCUGCAGGAGCAGAAGAUACGCGAGGAGAAGGAGAAGGUCAAGCGGCUGACGCUCAACAUCACGGAGCGGAUCGAGGAGGAGGACUACCAGGAGUCGCUCCUGCCGCCGCAGCAGCGCAACUUCACGCAGAGCUACUACCAGAAGCCCAGCAAGCACAAGUUCAAGCACCAGAAGGGCGCGCCCGAUGCGGACCUCAUCUUCCACUGAGACGCUGCUGCAGCUAAUGGAUGGAAACAAAAAGAGAUAGCUGGGAUCCCUGGCCACUCUGCUGCUGUGCGAUUGCUAACCCAACGGAAUUGAGAUAAUGAGAGGAGGAGCGCAGCGCUCCAAGAGCCGUCCAGCCUCCGAGGACGUUCGAUCCGAUGAUGCAUGGAAGCGCAACAUCAACCUCAAGCCGUACUUAAGCCAACUAAUCCGAAAUCGAUAUUAUCGUGUACAUAGAACCGCUGCUCCCCGAUCCGCAACCGUAUAUCCAACACAACGUAGUACGUAAAAAUGCCUAGACUUGUUUCGAAAACAGACCCCCCAACUGAAUAUCAAAGCAUGUAUACAACGAUAUAUACAGAAUGUUAUAGAAUGUUAUACUUAAUGCCAUGCUGUUCUGUUCCAUUGAUAUUUUUGAAUCAAACGCAGAAUACAGUCUGAAAGUGAGUUUUGUCGCCUUUAUGGGAAUGGAAAAAUCAGAAAAGAAAAACAAAACCUUAAAUGCUCCCUGGGAAGUGAUCAUCUGCAUGCCCGUACGCCAGUAAGUCUCGAUCUUUGUACGAUUGAUUUUCAGUGUUUUUAGCGUUGUACCAACAUACCUUAUUUUUUGUAUCGCUUUUUCAUUUAAUAAAUUAACUUGAAAUCAACACGCAUUAAUUGUUAUAACUCCCUAGGAAAUAAACUUGAAUUACCACAA